GUUGAGGAUUCUGGGUAUAUAUCCACGGGAGGGCAUACAAGUCAGCUAAUAACUCGUCAAAAUAUAUAUCAAAAUGGCCCGUAUACCGGAGUACUUGCAGCCAUACCUUGAAAAGUUUCCUCUCCAGGCAGGCCCCUUGCUAACGUCUGUCAAGGACCUCUCUCUCUCUGUAGGAUGGUGUGACUUGCGUAUUGUGCCUCUGUCAGGAGAUGCUUCGGACUGGGUAGUCAUGGUGGGCCACAAGCGAAAAGAAGAUCCUCUUCGAGCAGUGUUGCCCUUACCGCUCCAUACAACAUCACUGCGUCCCUCAGUACUCAAAGCCAUCUUUAAAGAUCUCGCAUCAAUAGAAGUGGCUUCCCUGCCGGAACCUAUAUCGCCGUUUGCGCCUACCCUCGACGAACUGAGAGAACAGCUCGGUCAAACGCAAACAUCAGACGACGCUGGGAAGUUGCAGGAGGAGCAGCAGGAGAGUGAAAAGAAGGAAGAGAGUGAAAGGACGGAAGAAGGCAAGCCUGGAGAAGAGAGCGAAGAGUUUGACAGGGAGACGAUUUACAUGGCUAUUGUGACUGGGGACUCUACUGUGGUGUACUAUAAGCUGUCCAAGGGGAUCAAGAAGCCUGCAGACAUCCCGGAUGAGUAGUCGUCCGAGUGUGCGAUGGAUAUAGGGUAAGAGCUGGGAGUGGAAAGAUACAGAGAUGAUUGCCUGCAAUGUUGUACAGUGUCUAGUAGAUUUGCAGCAUGUACCCAUAGUCAGCAUGAUGUAUGCAUGCAUUCAGCCG